GUAACGUAAAAACUCCCGCUUUUUCGACACGUGUCAACUAGGCGGAAGAUACGCACCACCAGAAACGCUUGAUAAAAAGCUAACCCGCCCCAAACCCAUUUAUCUUAGGGUUUCGCGAGAUCUCACUCUCACUGGUAUGUCUGUGUUUCUUCUUCCAUUUUCUGUUUCUAUUGGAAACUUCUCUCUCCAAUUUCGUUUUCUUCACUUCUUUGAUCCUUUAGCUUUGACAAAACCGUAGUAAAGGAUCAAAAGUUAUCAUCUUUGGUCCAUGUUGUGAAUCGUGCUCUGCUUGGGUCGUGACUCCCAAAUCCGGAUUUGAAACCAGCAUAUCUGAGCUUAAUUCGAGCAUAGAUAGCUUAGCAAUGGAGCAGUCAGAAGAGGGUCAACAGCAACAGCAACAGGGAGUGAUGGAUUAUGUACCUCCUCAUGCUUAUCAGAGUGGGCCAGUAAAUGCAGCUUCCCAUAUGGCAUUCCAACAAGCUCACCACUUCCACCACCACCAUCAGCAGCAACAACAGCAGCAGCUUCAGAUGUUCUGGGCUAACCAAAUGCAAGAGAUCGAGCAUACCACUGAUUUCAAGAACCACACCCUUCCCCUAGCCCGCAUCAAGAAGAUCAUGAAAGCUGAUGAAGAUGUGAGGAUGAUCUCUGCGGAGGCUCCUGUGAUUUUUGCCAAGGCCUGUGAGAUGUUCAUUUUGGAGCUCACUCUACGUGCUUGGAUCCACACCGAGGAGAACAAGAGGAGGACCUUGCAGAAGAACGACAUCGCCGCUGCCAUUUCCAGGACCGACGUGUUUGAUUUCCUUGUGGACAUAAUCCCGAGGGACGAGCUGAAAGAAGAAGGUUUAGGCGUGACCAAAGGGACCAUACCAUCGGUGGUGGGUUCCCCGCCAUACUAUUACUUGCAACAACAGGGGAUGAUGCAACACUGGCCCCAGGAGCAACACCCUGAUGAGUCUUAAAACUUUUCCCCUUUCGUUUGUUUGGUUGUAUCGUAGUAAGGUAGCUCUGCUCUGCUGGGAACCAUUUCUAUUGUGUUCUGUAAUGACAUGUUAGUAUAUCCCCAGUCUAUAUCUAUGGCAAUGCAGUUUCUGUUCUCAUGUGCAUUAAAUAAUAACAAGAAUGAUAGAAAGAAAA